AUGACCCCCCUGUCCGCCCAUGGCAUGGCUGCAGGGGCGCAGGCAGCCGGCCACGGUCCCUGGUGUCUUGUGGAGUUGAUUUGGCUGAAAUCUAGCGAGACGGGACGAGCCGAUGACACCAUAAUCCCGAGCCUGAAGACGGUUACCUACUACUACAAGGUUGCAUUGUCACGAGAGAGUAAGGACUAG